AUGGGUUAUGUCCUAACCAUAACCUUGGCCUUAACAAUACUACCAAAUGAACCUUUGUGUCUUGGCAUUUAUUCAUUUGAGAGACAAAAAAAAUGUUUCUUAGUUCCAUUAACUAGAAAUAAAUUCAAUUUGAAGGUUGGUGGUCGAAAGCUUACUGUGGAAGGUUGCGUUACUCAAUCAAUGGGUGGUACAACCUUCCAAGCAGAAAUACAAGGGAAUAAAAAGAUAUUAUGUGAAUUAUCCGGAAAACUGAGGGUGAAUAGGAUCAGAAUAGAUAUAGGCAAUAAGGUAAUCAUCGAAUUACAUCACCGAUAUCCCACUAGAGGCCGCAUCAUUAGAAGACUAACUAAUCAAUUCUACAAGCCUAAGACCUUUGGCAUGCCUAGACAAUUACAGAAGAAGAAUCACUCGGAUUUAAGCGAUCAUUCAGAAUCAUAA